GUUCUGUCCCAACCAGCUUCCCAAGACUGCACACGUACAUAUAAAACUUCUCCAACGGAGUCUCGUGCAAGUCGUGUCAGAUUAAAUCUGCCAUUGAAACCAACAUCAAUGUUUUCUCCUCGACUUGUGUUCCAAAGAACAUUUCGUGAGACCCAGUCUGUCCAAGUUUCCAGCAAAAUCACUCGGUUCAAUCAACCAUAUUGCCCCACGAGCGCCCGAAGGGCAUCCAAUCACACCCGCACGAUGUCCAUUUACAGCAAAUCAAACGUAUCGACCGCUCCAGAAACACCCGUGGAGAAUCCCUCUACCUCCGCAUCCCACAAUGCCUGGUCAUCACCCGGUCCGAGUGCUAUAGACCUGCGUUCCGACGUUGUCACCACGCCCACACCAUCCAUGCUCACAGCUAUCGGCAACUGCUCCCUCUUCGACGAUGUCUUCCAAGAAGACCCAACUACUUCUUCCCUAGAAUCCUUUGUCGCGUCCCUUGCGGGUAAGCCGGCCGCAGUCCUAGUGCUUUCAGGUACCAUGGGGAAUCAGGUUGCGAUACGGACCCAUUUACAGGCUCCGCCGCAUUCCAUCAUCGUCGAUGAUCGCUCGCACAUCAUCCGGUAUGAAGCCGGCGGCGCGGCGAGCUUGAGUGGAGCAAUGGUUACGACGGUGAAGCCGAGUAAUGGAAGACAUUUGACGCUGGAAGACGUCAAAGAGCAUGUUGUGCUCAGUGACGAUGUACAUGCAUGCCCAACUAAGAUGGUGUGCCUCGAAAAUACCCUCAACGGAACUAUCCUACCACUCGAAGAGUGUCGGCGGAUCAGUGAAUGGGUGAGAGGCCAUGGCAUAAUCAUGCAUCUUGACGGUGCAAGGCUAUGGGAAGCGGUGGUGGCUGGUGCGGGCGAGCUCAAGGGGUACUGCGAGUGCUUCGACACCGUGAGUCUCUGCUUCAGUAAAGGUUUAGGUGCGCCGAUCGGCAGUAUCCUCGUUGGACAGGAAGCCUUUGUCAAGAGGGCAAGAUGGGUCCGGAAGAGCAUCGGCGGCGGCAUGAGGCAGACAGGAAUAAUUGCUGCGCCCGCUCGAGUGGCCGUCGAGGAGACGUUCUUGGGGGGGGGGCUCCAGGCUGCGCAUGUACGGGCGAAGAAGCUUGGGGACUAUUGGGAGAGCCUAGGGGGAAAGCAUGAGUUCCCAGUCGAGACCAAUAUGGUCUGGCUGAGCCUGAAAGGUACAGGCGUGGACACGGAUGAGUUCAUCAAGCUCGCGGAGUCGAAAGGACUCCGGGUCAUGGGAGAACGGCUCGUUAUACACUAUCAGGUCACGGAUGAGGCGGAGGGUAAGCUGAAGGAAGUUAUGAAUGAUGUGUUCUCGGGCAAGGCCAAAGGGGAGAACUAGACAAAUAAGUAACAUAGGCGCUGACAUCGAACUCAUUGUCUAAGUACCCUCAAGUCUCAAUACGUUUAGACCAGUGCCUGGGGAGGGAGGAGGUGGCUGAUGAUAAGGCAUUUCCACCAUACCAUAUUGCUGUAGAGGGGCCAAAUAUCGCUAAGUCCAAUCAUAAGGACCAUGCCACUGGAUCAUAGAACCUGGUCGACUCCCGCCAUAUACACGCGAAAUAUCCAUAUACCAAUGCCAGCUCCG